AUGGAGCAGGAAAUGGCAAGAGAUGAAGAAGAGAAAAAAGAAGGUUUGAUUGAGUUUUAUGACUCCUUCAAGGAUAUGUUUGAAUUCUUCUGUAAAAACACAACAAUCCAUGGCACUAUCCGCCUGGUAUGCUCAGACAGCAAUAGGAUGAAAACAGCUUUUUGGACUCUGCUUUUACUUGCCAGCUUUGGCAUGUUAUACUGGCAAUUUGGACUUAUGUUCAGCCAGUACUGGGCCUACCCCGUUGUCCUAACCAUGUCGAUGCACUCAGAGCCCAAGAUGUUUCCAGCAAUAACUAUCUGCAACCUGGACCCAUACAGAUUUGAACUGGUCAGUGAACAUUUGGUUCAAUUGGAUCAAAUGGCAGAGGAAUCUAUCGCUUUUUUAUAUGGCAUCAGCACAUCAGCCAGCUUAUUCCACAUGAAUGAGAAAAACAUCCAAGUAAAAGAUUUGUCAAGCGCAGGCAAUUUCAGCAGGCCCAACUUCAAACUGAGCCAAGAUUUCUCACUCUUGAGAAUAUCUGACCACAUUAAUAAAUCAGGAAAGAAAUAUUCCAAAGUGGGCUUCAGACUGUGCAAUGCCACAGGUGGGAAUUGCUUCUACAAGACCUACUUAUCUGGGAUGGAUGCAGUUCUUGAAUGGUACAGGUUUCACUACAUGAAUAUCAUGUCCCAGAUGCCAGUUAUAAUCAACAUUUCUGAUCAUGAGGAGCAGAUAGAAGAUAUGGUCUAUUCCUGUCAGUAUGAUGGGGAGCCCUGUAGGCCCAGUGACUAUGUUCACUUUCACCACCCUGUCUUUGGAAGCUGCUAUACUUUUAACAGCAAGGGGACAGACUCCUUUUGGACAGCAACAAAACCAGGAAUUCCUUACGGACUUUCCCUUAUCCUGAGAGCAGAGCAGAAGGAUCACAUCCCACUCUUGUCUACAGUGGCAGGUGUGAAAGUGAUGAUACACAACCACAACCAGACGCCAUUCCUUGAGCAUGAAGGCUUUGACAUCAGACCAGGCAUUGCAACUACAAUAGGCAUUCGGCAGGAUGAGGUGAAUCGUCUGGGUGGCAAUUAUGGGAAAUGCACAACUAACGGCAAUGAUGUGAAUGUUAAACUUUUGUACAACAACUCCUACACCCUGCAGGCUUGUUUGCAUUCCUGCUUUCAGCACAUAAUGGUUAGAAAAUGUGGCUGUGGUUAUUAUUACUACCCGCUGCCUCCCAGUGCUGAAUACUGUAACUACAACAAGCAUCCUGCAUGGGGUCACUGCUUUUACCAGCUGUACAACAGGCUGAGGAAUCAUCACCUCAAUUGUUUUGAUCAAUGUCCCAAGCCGUGUCGGGAAUCACUGUACAAAGUGUCUGCUGGGACAGCUAAAUGGCCAUCAGUGAAGUCUCAGGACUGGAUCCGACAAGCACUAAGGCAUCAGAAUGGAUAUAACUCCACCAGCAACAGGAAGGAUAUUGCCAAGGUGACCAUCUUCUACCAACAACUGAACUACAAGUCUGUGAAUGAGUCUCCCUUACUCUCAGAGAAUUUGCUUCUGUCCAGCAUGGGAAGCCAAUGGAGUCUCUGGUUCGGAUCCUCAGUGCUGUCUGUGGUUGAAAUGUUUGAGCUGCUUAUAGAUAUACUAGUCUUGUCUCUCCUCUUCUGCUACCAAAGGUUCAGGUCAAAGAAGAUGUUAAAAGUAGCUCACACUCCUGCCAUCCCCAGCGUGAGCUUGACACUAGAAAAUUACCGAGCUGUGCAGGAGGAGGUUGGGAAAGGCUCCAGUUCUGCUCAGACUCACCUUCCUGUAGUGACCAUUGCCAUGGACAACAGUGACCUCCAUCUGCACCUGAUCUCCAGAAAGAUGGAAAUGCCAGCACUUUGCCCAGAUACGGUGCUUAAAUGAUUUAGAUACAUGAAGAAUGGCUCUUUGGAAGGGGAACUAAACAGCUAAGAGUGGUGUGUGUGCACAGAGUCUGGGAGACUUGAAGCUCCCAGAGUGCGUCGGAAAAGUGAGGCCACAGGGGCUCAAUUGCUAUCAGAAAGGCCACAAACAGAAAUGUGCUACACAUGAUCUCUGAGCUCCUAGACACCUGAGUGUUUAGUGCUGAACUGGAGAAUUCUUCUCCAGCUAUUAUAAGUUCAUUAUUAAACCUGUCUAUAUGCCCUUGAUUCAGGCAUAAUGCAAUGGUCUUUUCUUCUUAAUGAAUAUUGUUGCGGGGGGAGACUGUAAUGCUACUCUCUGGGGCAAUUGUCCAGUUUGCAAAAAGGUCUGUUCAUAGCUUCUAACUUUUAAACCCUUGUGAGGAAAUCACCCUGUGGCUUCAAACCGGCCCACCUUCAUUUCACAAAUGUACUCAAGAGAAAAGUCAGCCUGCUUGUAAAUGAGAAGGUUUCCAGUGGAGGCUGAUGGUGGUCGUGUCAGUCAACAUUGUCUUGAGGGUGAUGGAAGCACAGCUGCAAUCAGAACAGCCUCAUAUUCUAAGACAUAUCUCUGCCCUUAACCUACUACUAUUUCAUUUUGAGGACAAGGCACAGAAUGCUUUUGCUGGGAUACUUUUAGAUUUAGCCCAGAUUGUUUCAAAUGGGACUCAGAGGAAAGAAGUUAGAUGAAAUGGGGUUGAUCGAUAACUUUUUUCUAUCACUGGUGCUACCUGAGUUGUUUAGAAGAUUAAAAUAACGCUGCAUUUUUGUUGCAGUCUAUUUAUAAAUAUAAAGGAAUGUUUUAAUGUUAAUAUUUGACAGUAACUUAUGUGUACAUAAAAUAACAGAUUUAUCUUGAUGAUAUUUGUAGGGAGCAUUUUACUCUGUUCUAAUCUUGUUACAACUUUCUUUGGAGAACAAGUUACAAAAAAUCA